UUGGUUUCAUAUUCUGUUUUACAAUAUUUUCCACACGUGCUACUUGCAACAUAUUUACUUUUUUUUAUUAAGUAUUAAUAUGGAACUGUUUACAGUAAAUCGCUAUGUGGGCAAAGAUUUGCCUGGAAAAGAGAGCAAUGAAGAUGAAAUACUGCAAAAUCUUUUGAAGAAGGUGGAAAAACGUAAACGAAAACAAAUCAAAACUAAGGAGGACAUUGAUGAACUGGAAAGUGGUAGAUUACAGGAAAAACAAUUGAAAGAAGAUGAAUCAUUAAAGGUGGUGGAAGAUAAACAGGAAGAUGAAGUUGAUCCCAUAAAUGAAGGUAUUGAGCAGUAUUCCGAAAAUAUCGCAGAUGGUGGCGAGAAUAGUGGUGGUUUUGCUGUGUUGGGCGAUGAGAACGUUUUACGUAAACGCCAAAGUGUGGAUGUGGUCUUACCAUCAUGGUUAGCUCAUCCUACAAUAGUGUCAACUAGCAUUGCCACAACUACAGAAACAGAAGAUGAAACCAACAUUUCCCAAAUGCCAUACCUGGCUCCUCACAUACGUGGAACACUAAAGGAAAUGAACAUUUCAAGACUCUUUCCUGUACAGUUAGCUGUAGUUCCUUGGAUUUUGGAGUCACACUCUAAACCAGCACCGUUUCGACCCAGAGAUAUUUGUGUCUCUGCCCCCACCGGCAGUGGUAAAACUUUAGCAUUUGCAAUACCCGUAGUGCAGUUGCUGUCUCAGCGAGUUGAACGCAAGAUACGUGCCUUGGUAAUUUUGCCGGUUGCAGAAUUGGCCCUUCAAGUUUUCAGAGUAUUUAAAAAACUCUGUGACAAAACCGAUUUGACGGUUUGCUUACUCUCGACCCAAGUGCCAUUUCAAGUAGAACAAGACAAAUUGGUUGAACAUUAUAAAGGAAAGUACUUUUCAAAAGUAGAUAUUAUAGUGACAACACCCGGACGACUGGUCGAUCAUUUGCACGCUACUAAAGGAUUCUGUUUAAAGUCAUUGCAGUUUCUGGUAAUCGAUGAAGCUGAUCGCAUCAUGGAUGCUGUGUUUCAAAACUGGCUCUAUCAUUUAGAUGCUCACGUCCGAACAACAUCCGAUCAGUUGCUGUCGGGAAGAGCUGCUCCUUUGUGUUACAAUGAACUGGAAACAUCAUGUGGUUCUCAGCCACACAAACUGCUCUUUUCUGCCACCCUCUCUCAAGACCCAGAAAAAUUGCAAAGUUUGCGACUGUUUCAACCAAAACUUUUCACUUCUGUUUUGGACAGUAUACAAGAGUUGCGUCAAAAAUACGCCGAUGCUCAUGCUGAGAAUGAAGUUAAUAUGGCACGCGGAGAGUUUAUAGGCAAAUACACUACACCAGCGGAGUUAACAGAAAAGUACUGUAUCACCGAAGGCCGUCUAAAACCUUUAACAUUGUUCUCCCUAAUAAAGGAAUACCAGUGGACGAAAUUCUUAUGUUUCACCAACAGUGUAGAGUCAUCUGGAAGAUUGGCUUUCGUCUUGAAAAAGCUGUUCAAAGAAGACCUUGUUAUUGCUGAACUGUCCGCCUCCAUAAAUGUUAAAGAAAGGUCUCAAAUAUUGAGUUCUUUCUCGAGAGGACAAAUUAAUGGUGUGGUAUGUUCGGAUGCUUUGGCACGUGGUAUUGAUAUCCCUGAUGUGGACAUUGUGGUUUCGUAUGAUCCACCACGUCACAUUAAAACUUAUAUACAUCGCAUUGGUCGUACAGCUCGUGCGGGACGUCCAGGUACCGCCAUAACCUUGUUAACGCAAAAAGAGCAACAAACAUUUGAUAAAACACUGGCUGAAGUUGGCAAAGUAAUAACCGCCGAACUGACAGCUUCCACUACCACGGAAGAAACAUAUGCCCAAGAAUAUUCCUCGGCUUUGACGGCCUUGCGAGAAAAGGUCACGAAAGAUAAGCGUCUUAAAUUGCUGCAAAAGGAGCGUGCCAAGGAGAAAUCAUUAAUGCACAAAGAUACUUCCAAGAUGACGCUAAUGGAAAAACUUCAAUACCAGGCCAGCGCGCAAGUUCAUGAAAAAACUGAAAUCACAACAACUUUAAGCUCUAAAAAGAACCAAAGUAAAAAGUUCAAGCCCAAAAAACAAAAAAAACAAAACAAAAAAUAAAACUUUGUUAUAUUCUUCAAAAAAAAAAUAAAAUUUCUUUUAAUUUGCAUUCAAAACUCUAA